CCUCGAAGACGUAGUUGGCUAGUGUGCGAAAAGACCAAGGACUUAGUGCGUGCAACGUGUCGUGAAGAAAAAAAAUGUGAAUAUGCACACCCGCCAAUGCCCAUUGCACACACCCUUUUUUUGUAUCCAAGGUCCUCCUCUCUCGCAAGCUAUUGUUGCUGUCCUAUACUGUCCUAUUGCUAUCGAUCCUCCUCGCAGGCCAUCACCCCUUUGCGUCAGCAGUGUUUGCUUUAUAGGUGAAUAUUCAUCAAGAUUGUCAAGAGUUUGCCUCGAGCUAAGUCAGCUGUUGGACGUCGCGCCAGGAGCAGGAUUUGAGGCCCUUUUAUGGAUCAAAAGAGGAUGUACGCUGUUUCUAGAAUGGAGGGUUCUUAAGUUUAAAUCGCGAGUCAAUCUUGCAUUUGAAGGAAGGUGGCCCAUGGUUGCAUCGUUGCAUGGAUCUUCAUCUUCACCUCCUCUCUCCAGGUUCCUGCACCUCUCUUCUCCUCUCCUCUAUUCUCUCUGUGUUACUCUCUCUGCACUGUUCUCUCUCCGCCUCUUCACGCCUCUCUGCCCUUCUUUUCCCUUUUUCCUAACCCGCUACUACUUAUUAAUAUGCUAUCCCCCAAAAGAACACCUCUAAGCAAUGCCAAGACGCAUUCGGUGUCACUCUUAAAGAAAUACUCAAGGCAAUCGAGAACAUCGGUUGAGGCGAAGGCAGUGUUCUUAUCGCGG